AUGAACAUGAAUAAAUAUACCCGUGCUAGUGAUAUCGCUACGAUCGUUUUCGGUUCGUUACUACUUAUGCAUGAAUUAGCUCUUGCUCUAGUACCAGGUCCAUCACAAACACCCAGAAAUUCACAUUUUAAAGCUUUUUAUUAUUGUGAAGAAUUUGAUGGUGGGUGUUUUCUGGAACAUUUAGUCUGUGAAACUUUUCUUGAUAGAAGAUCAAGUCAGAUGUAUCUACUAGAUCAAAGUGGAAUGAGAACAUUCAUAAAUGAUGAUUAUAUUGACAAAAUUCAUCCAGACAAAUCAUUUGAUUUAUUACAAGAAUUAUCAAAAUUAAAAGCUGGCGAUUCUAUGCCAUUAUUUAAACUAGAACCCAGUGCUAGCCAUGGAAACGAUGUUAAUGUUGAAUAA